AUGGAGGAACUCGACAAGUUUGCUGUGGUGUCCACUGAUGAUAUUCUCAUCUACUCCAAGACUGAAAAAGAAUAUUCUAAGUACCUCCGUGUUGCUCUUGGCCGCCUUCAAGAUCACCAACUCUACGCCAAGUUCAGCAAAUGUGAGUCCUGGCUCAAAGAGGUCGCCUUUCUAGGUCAUGUCUUGUCAGAAAAUGGGGUAGCAGUUGACCCGAGCAAAGUGCAGGAUGUGCUCAGUUGGGUGCAGCCCAAAAGUGUCACUGACAUCCGAAGUUUUCUCAGACUCGUGGGUUAUUACUGCAUGUUCAUCGAGAAUUUCUUCAAGAUUACUAAGCCCAUGACCGAAUUGUUGAAGAAGAAUGUCAAGUUUGAAUGGUUCGAGGAGUGUGAAGUGGCUUUCCAGACUUUGAAGUAUCAUCUCACCACAACACCAAUUCUAGCACAAUCAAACGUUCACAAUAGCUUCGAUAUCUAUUGUGAUGCCUCUUGCUUUGGACUCAGUUAUGUUCUCAUUCAAGAAGGAUGCGUUGUCGCCUAUGCUUCACGCCAACUAAAGUCAUACGAGGAAAAUUAUCCCACUCAUGAUAUAGACCUUGCAACAGUUGUGCACACUUUGAAGAUUUGA